GGCAUUUUUAUUAGUUCCCCUGCACAAUGCACGCCUCGUUGCAAGCCUUAUCUAUUUAUUUUCAUUUGCCAACGUCCAGCGGGCCGUGAAUUUGCAGAAUCUCAAUGUUGACGGACACAGAUCUCUUCUAGUUAGCCAUCUUUUGAAGAUUAGCUGGGCUUUCUCCCUCCUCAAAAUUCUUUCCCCUCGGAAUGUUCUCUAAAAAGCCUCAUGGCGACGUCAAGAAAUCGACACAGAAAGUGUUGGAUCCAAAAAAGGAUGUGCUGACACGCCUGAAACAUCUGCGAAUAGUUAUCGAAAAUGCUGAGCCUGCUGAUCUCAAACACUUCUUUGACCAGAACUACUCCCAUAUCUACUAUGUCUUUUUUGAGAACUUUGUCAGCAUUGAGGUCAAUCUGAAACAGAAAGGUCACAAAUCACAAAGGGAAGAACUGGACUCCAUUCUGUUCAUAUUUGAGAAAAUCUUACAACUGCUGCCUGAGCGAAUACAGGGACGAUGGCAGUUCCACAGCAUUGGGCUUAUCUUGAAAAAACUGCUGCACACUGGGAACUCUUUAAAGAUUCGGAGGGAGGGAGUGCGUCUGUUCCUGCUUUGGAUGCAGGCGCUCCAGACCAACGCUCUUCGGGAACAGCUGUGGAUUUUCGCCUGCCUCAUUCCCGGGUUCCCAGCGCCCCAGUCUGAAUUCGGCCCCCGCACCUUAGACAACCUUAUCAGCCCUCCGCUCAGUCUACAGGAAACUCAAGUCACUCCGGAGGAAAUCAGCCCCUUAGUGCCUCCACAGUCAGGAGAUAAAGCCCAGGAGGAUCUCACAGGCUACUUUCUCGAGGCUCUUCUGAAAUAUAUGGUAAACCAGGCCAAAAGUUUGGAGUGGAAGUGCAAGGAGAACCAUGAAAAGGGCUUUGCCUUUCUGUUCGGCAACUUCAAAAAGUACUACCUUCCCCAUAUCUUUCCCAACUUCUCCAAGGAGACCAGCUUGUACAAUCCCAUUCUCGAUGUUCCCCCUAUGAGACCAAAGCCUUACUACACUGUUGUGAAAAGAGACCCAGAGACCAAUGAAGCCGUUUACUGCACUAAGGAGAACUUCCUCAACGCUAGGGUCAUAUUUAUCCGCUGGCUGGUGUCCUUUUGGCUAGAGCCCAGAUCUAACACAGGAACGCACAUCCCUGGGGUGGAAGGAGAGAAUGUGCCAAAGAACAUUCAGAAAGCGGCGGCAGGCCUGGCUGCCCGGGCGGAGGACGUCGGGCCGCGACCCGACGGCCUGGACGGGGGAGGAGGUGCGGAGCAGGAGCAGUCCCACUCCAACACCAGCACGCUGACGGAGAGAGAACCCAGCUCCUCCAGCCUCUGCAGCAUGGACGAGGAGCACCUCACAGACAUCGAAGUGGUCCGCCGGGUCCUCUGCUCCUCCAGAACCAACGUCAACUUCAUCACCGAGAUCUUCCGCCAGGCCUUCCUGUUGCCCAUGUGUGAGGCUGCAGCCAUGCGUAAGGUGGUGCGUGUGUAUCAGGAGUGGAUCUCUCAGGAGGACAAGCCUGUGUUCAUGAGAGAGCCAGAGGAGGACAGAUACUCAGGCCAGCAGGAUUCCACACACCAACACGGUCCUGAGAAAGAUGAGGAGGAGAGAGGUCUGAAGGUGUCCGGUCACAGCAGAAAGCCCAGCUGGAACAGAAGCUGUCAGGGGAAUGACAGUGAGCUGCUGGAGAACAGCGUGCAUGCGGGUGUCCAGGCAACACUCCAGGUUUUCAUCACCAACUCCGCUAAUGUGUUCUUGCUGGAGCCGGCCAACGAGCUGAAGAUCCUUCUGGAAGAACAUGUGGACAUGUGCAAACGCGUCCUCAACAUCUACCGCAGUCUGGUCAUGCACGAGACCAUGAACCAGAAGACCUGGGAGCAGAUCUUACUGGUGUUACUGAGGGUUACAGAGUGUGUAAUGAAGAGGCCUCCUUCAAUCAUGCCUCACGGGAAGAAAAGUAGCACUCUCUCUGGUCGACUGGCGGGAGCAAUAUUUCAGACUCUGAUAGUGGCUUGGAUUAAAGGGAAUCUGAAUGUGUACAUCUCUCGUGAGUUGUGGGAUGACCUGCUGGCAGUGCUCUCCUCUCUCACCUGCUGGGAGGAGCUGGUCACCGAGUGGUCCCUCACCAUGGAAACGCUCACCAAGGUGCUCGCUCGCAACCUGUACAGCCUGGAUCUGAAUGAGCUGCCUCUGGAUAAACUCAGUGAACAGAAACAGAAGAAACACAAGGGCAAGGGUGGCGCCCAUGAGGGCCAAAAGAUGGUGGUGGACCGUUCCUUUUCUAAGGGCUGGAGCAGAGACCCACCAGGCCAGGCGGCUGCCAUGAGACAGCGCAGUGCCACGACGGCAGGUUCCCCAGGCAUUGAGAAGGCCAGGAGCAUCGUCAGACAGAAGACUGUGGAUAUGGAAGAACCUCCCAUCGCCCCGCGGGGGCCGCGGAUCCGUCACUGCUCUCAGAGUGAGGAGACUCCCUCGUCGGAGGUGUUCUCUGCGUCAGGUGAUCUGGAGCAGCCGCCCCUCCCCCGCAGCAGCAGCGCCUCCGACAUCAUGGAACCCUUCAUCGCCGAGCGGGUCAAAGCCAAUAAAGAGGAGUUGGCUCAGAAGAUGCGUCCCGUGUCCAGCGACGCUGGCAACAGUAACCCAAACGUCAGUGACCUCAUGGACGAGUUUAUCCAGGAGCGCCUGCGGGUCAAGGGAACUUCAGGUAUGACAAGGCGAGGCAGCAGCCCGGGCAGUCUGGAGAUUCCCAAAGACCUGCCGGAGCUCCUCAACCGACAGAACGCGACGCGGCCCGCGGACGACCCCGGCGCGCCCUCCGAGUGGACCUCGCCGGCCAGUGCCAGCGGUAGUGACCUCAUCAGCUCAGAUAGCCAAUCAGACUCCUUCAAUGCCUUCCAAUACGACAACAAAUUUGAAAAUUUCACCUUUGGGCCAGAGGCAUGCGCGGUGGGCUCUUUGGAUCAGGACAGUCUGGGAGGAGCGCCACAGACGGCAGAGGAGCAGGAGCUGUCCAGCCUUACCCUCCACAUCGACUCCGAGACGAGCAGCCUAAGCCAACACGGCCUGUCUGCAGACACAGUCACCAUCACUGGAUCAGAGAGUGCCUCUCCCAUGCACUCCCUGGGAGGAUCUCGCUCACAGACCCCCUCCCCCGCCACGCUGACGGCAGAACACGUCGAACACAAAGACCUGCAGCUGGACGAGAAGCUGCAUCACUCUGUGCUGCAGACGCCGGACGACCUGGAGACCAGUGAGUUCCCCACAGAAGACUGCAGUGUCAUGGCUGGAGGGUCACUGACUGGUUGGCAUGCCGACGUCGCCACGGUGAUGUGGAGGAGAAUGCUUGGAAUUCUGGGUGAUGUCAACUCAAUCAAAGACCCAGAGAUUCACGCACAAGUUUUCGACUACCUCUGUGAACUGUGGCAGAACUUGGCCAAGAUCAGAGACAACCUCGGCAUCUCCCUUGACAACCAGUCGUCUCCGCCCCCUCCAGAUCUGAUCCCGCCCCUGCGCAUUCUUACCCCCUGGCUCUUCAAAGCCACUAUGCUGACAGAGCGAUACAAGCAAGGGAAGCUACACGCCUAUAAGCUCAUCUGUAAGAUCAUGAAGAGGAGACAAGACGUGUCGCCCAACUCCGAUUUCCUCACUCACUUCUACAACAUCAUGCACUGUGGUCUGCUGCACGUCGACCAGGACAUAGUGAAUACCAUUAUUAAGCACUGUUCUCCACGAUUCUUCUCCAUUGGACUCCCUGGAGCCACCAUGCUCAUCCUGGACUUUAUUGUAGCGGCUAGCCGUGUGACGGCGUGUUCCUCUCUCAACGCCCCCAGAGUAGAGGCUCAGAUCUUGUUGGGUUCAUUGGUGUGUUUCCCCAACCUGUAUGAAGAACUACCUGCUCUGCACCCCACCACGGCAGAUGUGGUCAUGACCAAAUUUAGAGAUGUGAAGGAGCACAUCAUCAAGCACAUCUUGAACUCGGCGAGAGAAGAACCCUCGGCACCAGCCAGGUGUGUGGCUCUCUGCAGUCUGGGCAUCUGGCUAUGUGAGGAGCUGGUACACGGCACACGCCACCCUCAGAUCAAAGAGGCACUCAAUGUCAUCUGUGUCACUCUAAAGUUCCCCAAUAAAACUGUCGCUCUGGUAGCCUCGGACAUCCUGCACUUGCUGAUAAACUAUGUGGACGACUUGCAAAAAUUCCCACCGGACACUCCAAAGAAAAUAGUCGAGAUCCUCAUAGCAACCAUCACCUACCUGCUUCCUACCACUGAGUCCUCACCUCAUGAGCUAGACAAGAGGUUGGUGGUGUCUCUGUUACUGUGUAUGUUGGACUGGGUGAUGGCUCUGCCUCCUAAAACCUUACUGCAACCCGUCCAGACGCUCAACUCAGACAAGGACAGGUCCGACAAAUCUGUCCUCAGCUGCAUCUACAAGGUUCUUCAUGGCUGCGUGUACGGGGCUCAGAACUUCGCUAACUCCCGCUACUUUCCUAUUAACCUUUCGGACCUGAGCAGCCCGGACUAUGACCCCUUCCUCCAUCUGGAAAGUCUGAAAGAACCGGAGCCUCUUCACUCGCCCGACUCCGAGCGCUCGACCAAAGUGCAGCCCGUCACCGAGGUGAGAAGUCGUAUCCAGCAGGGUUUGAUCUCCAUCGCGGCUCGUACGGUCAUCUCUCACUUGGUCGACCACCUGGGUCACUACCCGAUGAGCGGCGGCCCGGCUACGCUGACCAGUCAAGUGUGUGAGAACCAGGACAACCCGUACACCGAGAGCGCAGACCUGAGUCCGGAGCUUUUCGACGCGCCCAACCUACAGUUCUUUGUCCUGAACGGCACCACGCUGAUGUCUUGCCUUCAGAUCCGGGCCGAAGAUGGGCUCCCGGGAGGAGGAAUGUCCGCCGGACUCACCACCACCAGCGCCUGCGUACGGGUCAUCAUCCGAGACAUCUCCGGAAAACACUCCUGGGAUUCGGCCAUCCUGUACGGCCCACCCCACUGUGGGACGCCCAGCCAGCCGGUGCACCUUUUUAAAGGGGCUUCAACGGGGGAACGAGAUAACACAAGUGACCCAGGCGAAAGAGGAUGCCAGGUGGAGGAAUCGGAAGAAGGCGUUCUGGUCGAGGAAGAGGAGGAGCAGGAGGAGGUGGUGGCUGAAGAAGAAGAAGAAGAAGAAGAAGAAGAAGUGGAGAAAGAGGAAGUUGUCGAGGAAGAAGAGGAGGCAGCUCUAGAGCUGAUGGCUCCCCAGGCGAAGCGGAGGUGCAGGGAGGUGAUCCCGUCGUGGGACUCCUUACAGGACGGGGAGGACGCUCUGGACGAAAUGCUCCAGUACCUGGGUUACUCCAGCCCCGAGUGCCUGCAGAGAACCGGAGUGCCCCUCAACAUCCCUGCCCCUCCCCCGGCCUGCGUCUCUGAGAAGCAGGAGAACGACGUCAUCAACGCCAUCCUCAAACAGUGCGCUGAAGAACGGGACUUCGCUCUUCACCGUGGCAACGAGUUGAACAUGAGAGGGGUGGAGCAGAUGGAACCAGGACCUCAGAGACCCCAGUCAGCCUUCUACUACUGCAGACUGCUCCUCAACAUCCUGGGAAUGAACUCCUGGGAGAAGAGGAGCAAUUUCCACCUGUUGAAGAAGAAUGAGAAGUUGUUGAGAGAACUGAAGAAUCUGGAUUCCAGGCAGUGUCGUGAGACCCAUAAGAUCGCAGUGUUUUAUGUGGCAGAAGGGCAGGAGGACAAACACUCCAUUCUGUCUAACACCAGUGGGAGCCAGGCCUAUGAGGACUUUGUAUCUGGACUGGGCUGGGAGGUGAAUCUGACCAAUCACUGCGGCUUUAUGGGAGGUCUGCAGAGGAACCGGAGCACUGGCCUGACCAUGCCGUACUUCGCCUCCUCCACUGUGGAGGUCAUGUUUCACGUAUCCACCCGCAUGCCCCCCGACUCCGACGACUCCCUCACCAAAAAGCUGAGACACUUGGGAAAUGAUGAGGUUCACAUAGUGUGGUCAGAACACUCACGAGACUACAGAAGGGGCAUUAUUCCCACUGAGUUUGGUGACGUCCUCAUCAUCAUCUACCCCAUGAAGAACCACAUGUACAGCAUCCAGAUCAUCAAAAAGCCAGAGGUCCCGUUCUUCGGCCCGCUGUUUGACGGAGCCAUUGUAGACGGAAAGAUUCUGCCCACUGUGGUACGAGCCACAGCAAUCAACGCCAGCAGAGCUCUCAAAUCCCUCAUCCCUCUCUACCAGAACUUCUACGAGGAAAGAGCUCGAUAUCUGGAGACCAUCGUCCAGCAUCACCUGGAGCACACGACCUUUGAGGACUACGCCGCUCGUGUCUUUUGCCCCGCGCCUUUCCACCAUCUCCCCAACGAAACAGGCUCAUGCCUCGAGACUCAGCCGGCAGAAAGCCCAGCAGCACAAGUAGACGGGACCGACUUAGCCUCGCCAAUGUCCCCUCGUGCUAGCAAGAGCCGUAUGUCUAUGAAGCUUCGCCGAUCGUCCGGAUCCGCCAACAAGACCUGACCGAACCCAAACCUCCAGCCUCCCGAAAAAAAA